GAUACCAAAUGAAGAUGGCCUUACCCUUUUCUUUUACUUGGUCAUGUUAGAUUGUUUUAUUUUCUUCUUCUAAAACUUGUAGAUAGAUGAGAUUUUUUUAGCUCUCUCUCUCUCUCUCUUUUCUUGGGGGGUAAUACCCUAAAAGAUUUUGUUUUCUCAAGAUAUGAGAAAAUAGGGGAGAAGGAAAAAUGGGUGACAUCCCUUACCCUGAUAUUAUAAUAAACGCAGUGUCAUGGUCAUCCUUUUUAGUGUACCUCCCACUCUCCCAUUUAUUACCCUUGUCCUUUCUCUUCCAUUCAUUCUCUCACACUAAAUGCUCUUUUCCUUCUUCCCCCAUCUUCCCCCACUCUUUUGCUACUGAAUUUGCAGGUCUCUCAUUCCCAAUUAGGGUUUCCCUUUUGAGAACUCACCUCUCCAAUAAUAAAAGCUCAUAAACCUCUUGCUUUCAAUAGCUAAAGCUUCUUUGAUCUUGGAAGAACCAAGGAAUACGUCCUGAACGAGCUUACAUAAGGGAAAAGGUACUGCCCUUUUUCCUCUGAUCAAGCGUAGAUCACAAACAGCAUCGAUCGUAGAUGGCUUCAUCCAGUUCUUCCGGCUCUCCCUGUGCUGCCUGCAAGUUCUUGAGGAGGAAGUGCUUGCCAGGUUGCAUAUUUGCACCCUAUUUUCCACCCGAAGAGCCACAGAAGUUCGCUAAUGUUCACAAGAUCUUCGGUGCAAGCAACGUCACAAAGCUGCUGAAUGAGCUCCUCCCUCAUCAGCGAGAAGAUGCAGUCAACUCCCUCGCCUACGAAGCCGAGGCACGGAUGAAGGAUCCCGUGUACGGCUGCGUUGGGGCCAUUUCAGUCCUCCAAAGACAGGUUCACCGACUCCAGAAGGAACUAGACGCUGCUAAUGCUGAUCUGAUCCGGUAUGCUUGCAGUGAAAUGUCCACCGCAUUGCCCGCAACGCCGGGGACAGGGGUGGUUCCACCACCGUUGGCACAUCGCCCGAGGCCUGCCGAAUUUGGUAGAAGGAUCGUUGAUGGCGGAGCUUCUUUCUAUCAGAUACCUGGUUUUCCUCUUCCUUACUCUCCUCCAUGGCCCGACACCUCUUCAGGAGAUAUUCAUGAUAGAGGAGAAGGCACUAUCUGAUGAAUUUCAAUGGGCUCCAGAAAGGGAAGACCUAUCUAGGGUUUUUCCUCUCUCUCUCUCUCUCUCUCUCUCUCUCAAUAUACAAGGCCCCAUGUGUGGAUGACAAUCUUCAUGGUAUGCUCUGCUAUAGCUAUAGUCUUAGCUUGAUUAUAGGGUACAAUCUUUUUUAUUAGCCAAAAACUUUUGGUGAAUUUCGUAUUUAUGGUGUGAGAUCCAACUACUUAAAUUGAUGGACUAUCAGUGUUUGAACGUGUUAUUGGGUUUUUAGGUGAAGCACUUGAACAUGAUUGGCCGUGAUUGAUUGUUUCAUCCUUCUGUUCUUUGACUUGUGUGUCCUCAGUGCAAUUCUGCAGCAUGUGGAGUUCAUGUUC